AUGAAUCCAAAGCAGCUUGAAAAAUCUUCAGCCGUUACCAAAAUGCAACAGGCAUAUUGGGAAGCAAGGCAAGCUGUUGGCAAAUCUUUUGGUGAGCAGAUAGACGGUUGUGUUAUAUCCAGCGAUUCUAACCUUGACUCGAAGAUUCAACUUCUACAAGCAGCAGAUAAUUCCUUUAAUAGUUUAAUGGGAGUUUUAGUUAGAUAUGGUAAUGCCCUACAGACGCUAAUGGACCAGGAGGACAAUUUAGGUUUGGCUUUGGUGAAAUAUGGGCUUGAAGAUAAAACCUCUGCUGGACACCUGCUAUCUGACUGUGGCAAAAUUUUUAGUCGCAAUGCACAUCAGAAAGCCCCUUUGAGGACAGCACUCAUAAAAAUCCAUCAUGAAGUUCAAAUAUUUCAAUUCAAAGCCACCGUAGAUGUGCUUCAGACAGUCGCAAAAAUGGAAAAAUUCCGAAAAUCCUACAGAUCUGGUUUAAUGUGGAUGAAAAAUGAAUCAGAAGGGUUAGAUCCCGACAUGAAGAGAAAGAUGAAAAAUUUUCGCAGAGUUCAAGCACACAUUAAGAAGUUAAAAGUGCAGUUUGAUGGGAAAAAGUUAGAAUGUAUGCAAAAAAUUGAUCUUUUUCUGUUGUCCAGAUGUAAUUUGUUCUCUCAAACUUUACUACCGUACAGAAAGCUGUUUUGUAAGAUAAGCAAACAUGUUGCCUCGUUGACAGAUGCCGUCAUCCAAGAUAUUCCUUUUUAUUUAUCCUAUAAAUUCGAAACAUUGAAGGAGCUCAAUCUGUAUUCUAAAAUGUCACACGCUUCCUUGCAAUCUCAGCUUCUGAAUCAAAAGCAUAAAAAAUUAUCCAAAGCAGUCAGUAAAAUGAAACGCUCAGGUUGUAAGAGUAAAGUUAACUAUAAUUCGUCUGAAAAGAGUGGCUUGUCGAUUAUUGAAAGCAAUUCCCAAGAAAAGCUAAGUAUCUGUAACAAAUGUCCAGUUACAUCAAAUUUAAAAGAAGAUGGCAAUAGGAAUUCUGCAUUCAGUGUUCAGCAAGCUACCAUAUUAGCCCAGCACCAGGAUACAAAUAAAUGCAGCGACAAUUUAUUGAUUAAUCUGGAUGACGAAACUUCCAGUCAUUCUUUUCUGAAUCUUUCAGCACGAGAAAGCGAAAAGAAGACUGGGAAAUACAGUGACGAUUUACAAUCGAUUAUUAUUGGAGACAGUUACUUUUCCCAUAAUAACCUGAAGAAAAAUACAUUAGAUUUAGAACAUGAGUUCAAAAAUUGUGAAGAACUGAUAAAUUCCGCUUUUAAGGAAGAACAGAACGAUAGUUCGAAAUUAAAAUUUUGGCCCCUAAUGGAGAGUGUCAGAACAUCGGGUGGGGAAUCCUCUGAAAUUAGUGCAGAACGACAAACAGUUCCAGGCAAAAAUAUUCAGACAGACUGCUUAAAUUCGUCCUGUUCGAAGUGGACUGAUAUCUUAAUUCAGUUCGAUCCGUUCAACACUGUAAAACUGGACACUAACGUAGUUCAAGAAGAAUGCUAG